AUGGAUAUGGAAUUCUUGGGUUCCGAGUUAAAUGAACUAUCCAUGAGGCCUAGCAGAGGAAGACCGGGAAGGAGAAGGCACGGAAAUAACGACGACAACUUCGUAUCAAAGAACCUCCACGCCGAGCGAAAGAGGAGGAAGAAACUCAGUGAUAGACUGUUAGCUCUGCGUUCUCUCGUCCCAAUCAUCACAAAUAUGAACAAAGCAACCAUAAUCGAAGAUGCAAUUAGUUACAUCCAAGAGUUGCAGAAAACCUCAGAUGAUCUCAGUGAGGAGCUACUUGACAUGGAAGCAUCAUCUGAAGAAGGUGGAAAGCAAAUUGAAAUGGAAGCUGUUGCUGCUGAUGAAAUGGCGAAAUGUGGGAUAAAGGAACAAGUUAAGGUAACCAACAUUGAUGGGAACAUGCUUUUGAUCAAGAUUAUCCUACAGAAAAAAAGGGGUUGCUUCACUAAACUGAUAGAAACCAUGGAUUAUCUUGGCUUUGAGCUCAGUGAGACCAGUGUCACCACUUUCAAAGGAGCAAUGCUUUUUUCAUCAUGCGUACAUGGAAAAUUUGUGGAUGCUCUAAUGAUUGAACAGACGGAGGAGCUGUUGUUAGAGAUGAUCAGAAGCAUUAAAGGAAACAUUUGUUGA